AUGGGUUUUGAAGAGAGCAUAGCUGACCAGUGCAUUUAUCUAAAGAAGUGUGGGAGCCGAUUUAUUUUUCUAGUGCUAUAUGUUGAUGACAUACUUUUGGCUACAAAUGACCACAAUUUACUGAAGGACACCAAGGAGGUACUUUCAAAUAAUUUUGGCAUGAAGGAUUUGGGACAAGCUGUUUUGGUGUUGGGCAUUAAAAUUCAGAGAGAUCGAGCUCGAGGCCUUCUAGGCCUAUCACAGAAAACAUACAUUGAGAGGAUACUCAAGCGUUUUGACAGGAGUAUGUGUUCUGGACAGAAAGUUCUGUUAGCUAAAGGAGAUUUAAAGAAGAAGCAUUGCCCCAAGAAUAAAGAAGAAGAAGAUGAGAUGAGGAACAAGUCAUACGCUUCUCUAGUUGGAAGCAUUAUGUAUGCACAAGUGUGUACAAGGUCAGAUCUAGCCUUGUGCAUUAGCAAGAUGGGGAGAUUUCAGUCAAAUCCGGGAAUGCAACAUUGGAUAGCUAGAAAAAAGAUUCUGAGGUACCUACAGAGAACAAAGGCUUAUAUGUUAAUUUACAGACGCACAGAGAAUUUAAAGCUUGUUGAUUAUGCUGAUGCGAAUAUUGGAAAAGCAGAGGAUGAUUACAUCUCUACUUCAAGUUUUAUCUUCAAGAUGGCAGGAGCAUUGUUGCUUGGAAGAGUGCUAAACAAACUAGUGUUUCGAGUUCAACCAUGUUUUUAG